AUGUCGCAUGAGUCGGAUGAAGAUGUUGCGGCGUACUUCCCUGCCGUACCUGGAACAGAGAUUCUUUUCGAUGAAGGUUCCAACACGGGCACCCAUGUUGACGUAUCUCAACUGAAGCAUCGGACCAAGGGUGACUCGCGCGUCCUGCUCGUUCCCCAGCCGUCGACCAAUGACCCAAAUGACCCUUUGAAUUGGACAUCGACUAAGAAGAGUCUGACCUUCUUCAAUGGCUGCUGGUAUGCAUUUAUGGGUGCGAUCACUGGCCCCAUCAUGGCUGCAGGCAUGAACCAGCUCGCUCAAACGUUUGGCAAGACUUUGCAGGUAUUGACCUACGCAAACGGUGCUACUCUGAUCAACCAGGGCGUAUGGAAUAUCGUCUGGAUGCCCUUCGCAGUGAAGUACGGUCGACGCCCGGUAUAUCUAGCGUCAUGUUUUCUGAUGAUCAUCGCUUGUAUCUGGCUGGCCGUGGCUUCUAAUCAGAACUACACGGUGUUUAUCGUGGGUCGUGCUUUCCUAGGUGCGUGGGAAGCUCCGAUCGAGUCCAUCGUGCCGUCCACUAUUACGGAUAUAUUCUUCCUCCAUAAUCGCGGAGAGCUGGUCUCGAUGUAUGGGUUAGCAGUUCUUGGUGGUAACGAGCUCGGCCCUAUGUUCUCUGGAUUCAUCGUCCAGGCGUUAGGCAUGGACUGGGCCUUCUGGAUCGUGGCGAUGUUCCUUGCCGCGAACUUCAUCUCGAUAUUCAUGUUCAUGCCCGAGACCAAGUUUACCGGGAGCCGCCCGCAGAUCUUAUCGAGUAGGAUUGCGCGGCCCAGUUCCAACCAAACUCCCAGUGCAACUGUUAUCAAGGAGAAGGAGGAUGGCUCAGUGAACAACGUGUCGCAGACGGUUUCUCAGAGAACGUGGCUACAGGAACUCCAGUUCUGGAGCAAGGGUGACCCGGACGUCAACCUGCUCCAUGUCUUUUUGCGCCCCUUUGUUCUUCUCGCUUAUCCAACUGUUGUGUGGUCAUGCUUUGUGUACGGUCUGGCCUUGAGUUGGAACGUAAUUCUCGGUGCUACCGUGGCCCAACUGUUCUCACCUCCACCCUAUGAGUUCAACUCAAAUGCCCAGGGACUCUUUUUCUUGUCUCCAUUCGUUGGCUCGUUGUUCGGAGUAUACUUCUCUGGGCCUUGCGGAGACUGGAUUGCUAAUUUCUUUACGAAGCGCAACCAUGGUAUCCGUGAGCCUGAAAUGCGCCUGCCAACCUGCUUGGUCGCAGCUUUCUUUACAUUCUUCGGUGCUCUCUGGUUUGGUUUGUCUUACGAGCACCAGAUGCACUGGGCUAUGCCGGUUAUCGGUGCUGGUAUUCUGUCAGUGGGCAGCCAAAUGGGCACUACACUUGGAAUGAACUACGCUCUCGACUGCCAUCAGGAGGUAUGUUUUCUUAUUUUGGAUUUCCCCUCUCCCUCCUGUCUUUUUGUUUUUGAAGAAAGAUUACUUGGGGCUAAAUUUGUCCGCGAACUGCAGCUCUCGGUGGAGAUCAUGGUGACCAUCGCCGCACUCAAGAGCGCAAUCGCCUGGAUUUGGACGUGGGUGAUUAACGACUUCGUCACGGCAAGCGGCGCUCUAUCCGUAUUCAUGACGGUUGCUGCCAUCAACGUGGCAAUAUACUUAGUCUACAUCCCCUUCUACUACCGUGGCAAGCAGAUUCGGAUGUGGAUUCACAACGCGAAAUUCUUUGAAGCCACCGGACUGCAGUAG